CGGUUCGUUAACUCGUGAGAUGCUGGCGCCGGUUGUGGGGGAGGGUGGACGGUAGUUGUGGCGGAACAGGGAGCCCGACUAAUGGCAAUAAAGUGACCAACCAUGGCACUAAUGAUUCCACCAGUGAAGCUAAAAUGGUUAGAGCAUCUCAAUAGCUCUUGGAUUACGGAGGACAGUGAGUCCAUUGCCACAAGAGAAGGUGUUUCUAUUUUGUACAAUAAGCUAGUUAGCAGUAAGGAAGUGGUACCAUUACCACAGCAGGUACUCUGCCUUAAGGGACCUCAGUUACCAGAUUUUGAACGUGAGUCCCUCUCUAGCGAUGAGCAAGAACACUAUCUAGAUGCUCUCCUUAGUAGCCAGCUGGCUCUGGCGAAGAUGGUUUGCUCUGAUUCUCCAUUUGCAGCAUCCCUUCGGAAGCGCUUGUUGGUGUUACAGCGUGUUUUUUAUGCUCUUUCCAACAAAUACCAUGAUAAAGGUAAAGUCAAGCAGCAACAGCAUUCACCUGAAAGUAGUUCUGGAGCAACGGACAUCCAUUCUGUAAGUGAACGUCCAAGAUCCAGUACGGAUGCUCUAAUAGAGAUGGGAGUUCGGACCGGAUUAAGUCUAUUGUUUGCACUAUUACGACAGAGUUGGCUGAUGCCUUCAACAGUGCCAGGAUUGAACCUCUGUAAUGAUGUUAUUCAUACAGCAAUAGGUGUGAUAAGCUCAUUGCCACCAUUAUCUUUAGCAAAUGAAAGUAAAAUUCCAGCAAUGGGACUGGACUGCUUGUCCCAAGUGACAACAUUCUUAAAAGGAGUCACAAUGCCAAACUCGGGCGCAGAUAUUUUGGGACGAAGAUUAGCUUCAGAGUUGCUACUUGGACUUGCAGCCCAACGUGGUUCUCUACGGUAUCUUCUGGAAUGGAUAGAAAUGGCUUUGGCUGCAUCGGCUGUAGUUAGCACCAUGGAGAAAACAAAACUGCCCAUGAAUCGAGAAGGAAUGAUCAGUCAUGAUUGCUUCAUGAACAUUCUUGUACAAAUGAGACGCUCUUUGGGUGCAUCAGCUGAUAGGAGUCAAUGGCGAGAACCCACUAGGACACACGAUGGUUUAUGUUCAUUGUAUGAGGCAGCUCUGUGCCUCUUUGAAGAGGUUUGUCGAAUGGCUUCUGACUACUCCAGAACAUGUGCUAGCCCUGAUAGCUUACAGAACGGAGAUGCUCCUGUGGUGUCAGAAACAUGUGAAGUAUAUGUUUGGGGUAGUAACAGCAGUCAUCAACUAGUUGAGGGGACACAGGAAAAAAUUCUGCAGCCAAAAUUAGCUUCCAGUUUUGCUGAUGCUCAAACAAUUGAAGCUGGACAGUAUUGCACAUUUGUCAUUUCAUCUGAUGGAUCAGUAAGAGCCUGUGGCAAGGGCAGUUAUGGAAGGCUUGGUCUGGGUGAUUCAAAUAACCAGUCCACCUUGAAAAAGUUAACUUUUGAACCACAUCGAGCUAUCAAAAAAAUCUCUUCAUCAAAAGGUUCUGAUGGGCAUACGCUAGCCUUUACUACAGAAGGAGAAGUGUUUAGUUGGGGUGAUGGUGACUAUGGAAAACUUGGACAUGGAAACAGUUCCACGCAGAAAUAUCCCAAACUUAUUCAGGGACCAUUACAAGGAAAAGCCGUUGUAUGUGUCUCUGCUGGCUAUAGACACAGUGCAGCUGUUACGGAAGAUGGCGAAUUGUACAGCUGGGGUGAAGGGGACUUUGGGAGGUUAGGUCAUGGUGAUAGCAAUAGUCGGAACAUCCCAACUUUGGUCAAAGAUAUUAGCAACGUAGGAGAAGUUUCUUGUGGAAGCUCACAUACCAUUGCAUUAUCGAAAGAUGGAAGAACAGCUUGGUCCUUUGGGGGAGGUGACAAUGGCAAACUUGGUCAUGGUGACACUAACAGAGUUUAUAAACCCAAAGUUAUUGAAGCCUUACAAGGGAUGUUUAUCCGUAAAGUAUGUGCUGGGAGUCAAUCUUCACUUGCUUUAACGUCAACAGGACAGGUGUAUGCUUGGGGCUGCGGUGCCUGUCUUGGAUGUGGCUCAUCAGAAGCUACAGCUUUGAGACCCAAACUUAUUGAAGAACUGGCUACUACAAGAGUAGUUGACCUCUCAAUAGGUGACAGCCACUGUUUGGCUCUUUCACAUGAUAAUGAGGUGUAUGCUUGGGGCAAUAAUUCUAUGGGACAAUGUGGUCAAGGAAACUCAACUGGGCCAAUCACAAAACCUAAAAAAGUGAUUGCUUUGGAUGGAGUAGCAUGUCAGCAGGUUUCUGCUGGAACUUCCCACAGCUUAACUUGGACAGCAUUACCAAGAGACAGACAAGUUGUAGCUUGGCACCGACCUUACUGUGUUGAUUUAGAAGAAAGCACUUUUUCUCACCUUCGGUCAUUUCUUGAAUGGUACUGUGAUGGAAUCAAUAGUGAAGUUCCACCUGUCCCUUUCCCGUCAUCCAGGGAGCAUCACAAUUUUCUUAAGCUUUGUCUCAAGCUACUGUCUAAUCAUCUGGCACUGGCUGUAGCUGGCGGUGUGGCCACCAGUAUUCUUGGGAGACAGGCCAGGCCACUGCGAAAUCUAUUGUUCAGAUUAAUGGACUCAUCUGUACCAGAUGAAAUCCAAGAGGCUGUUAUAGAGACAUUGUCUGUUGGCGCUACAAUGUUACUUCCACCAUUGCGAGAAAGAAUGGAGCUGCUACAUUCGCUACUUCCACAGGGCCCUGAUAGAUGGGAAAGUUUAACUAAAGGACAAAGGAUGCAAUUGGAUAUUAUUCUUACAAGCCUACAAGACCAUACCCAUGUAGCUUCUUUGCUGGGCUAUAGCUCACCUUCUGAUGUUGAAGCCACCUCUACAGGACAAAAUUACAGCAGCUUCCUUGAUCCCUCAUUCAACUCCCAAUCCAGUCAUCCCGAUACCCAUCUGGCAGAAAUCUUGAUGAAGACCCUACUAAGGAAUUUAGGAUUCUAUACUGAUCAGGCUUUUGGAGAACUGGAAAAAAACAGUGACAAGCAGCUUCUGGGGACAUCAUCUGCAGAAAACUGCCAGCCAGCUCAUUUGCAUGAACUUCUGUGCUCUCUCCAGAAGCAACUCUUGGCAUAUUGUCACAUCAACAGUGUCAGUGAGAGCUCCAGUAGUGUAGCUUUAUUGCACAAACAUCUACAGCUCUUACUGCCUCAUGCGACUGAAAUUUACUCCCGUUCUGCGACACUGUUGAAAGAAAGCUCCUGGAAUGGGAGUGUCAGGGACAAGCUUCAAGGUGUCCUGUAUGGAUCAGCAGCAGGGAGCAUGCUGUGUCAGAUCAUUAACUCUUUACUGUUACUGCCUGUCUCUGUGGCACGACCAUUGCUAAGCCAGCUACUAGAUUUAUUGCCAUCAUUGGAUAGCUUAAACCGACUUUUACCCGCUGCGGCCCAUUUAGAGGAACAGGAGUUGCAGUGGCCACUGCAUGGUACUAUUGAAAGUGCUGAGCUUGAUGAUUUGGCAAUACCUCAAUCUGCUCAGCCUUGGGUGUGGCUUGUAGAUUUGGAAAGAACUGCUGCACUACUUGUAGGACGUUGUCUUGGUGGAAUGCUACAGGGUCCACCUCCGACUGCUGAAGAACAAGAUACAAUUCGUUGGCUAAAAACACCUCUUUUCAGCAAUGGACUGGAAAUGGAUCUUCCCCAGCUAGAUAAAUGCAUGAGCUCUCUGCUGGAAGUUGCACUGUCUGGAAAUGAAGAACAAAAACCUUUUGAAUAUAGCCUUGGUGCCGAGAAUAUUAUGCUUGUUGAUCUGGCUUUGGGCUCGACUAAAGAACCUGUCAAUGUUCUGUGGCUCAAAAUGCAGGACUAUGCUGUCAGUAAAGAUUGGGACAGUGCGAUUCUUGGCAAUGAGACUUUGUUGGAUACAGCUUCGAGAUUUGUCCUUGCAGCUCUUUUAAAGCACACAGGUUUACUAAAUCAAGUCUGUGGUGAAAGCAGGUAUCAGCCAAGUAAAACACUUGCAGAAAUAUAUCGUUGUGUUUACAAAGUUCGUAACAAACUGCUAGCAUGCAAAAACCUGGAACUUAUCCAGACCCAGUCACUUUCCAGUGAAAGGAGAUUGUCAGAAAAUCAAGACACGACAGAUGUUGAUCUUCAAGAGCUUUCUUUCACUCGUACCAUUGAUGAAGAAGCUGAAAUGGAAGAGCAGGCAUAUCGAGACCGUGAAGAUGAGCAUCUGGAACAAGAGGAGGAAGAAAGGGAGCAAGAAGUCAUGACUGCUGGAAAAAUCUUUCAAUGUUUCCUAUCAGCACGUGAAGUUGCUCGUAGUCGUGAUUGUGACAGAAUGAGCAGCACAUCUGGAAUUGGGAAUGGAACUGUUGUUCGACUAGAGGAUCCACAGUCUCAGCUCCGGGAAGAACGGCGAGUCAGCUCUGGACUCACAGAAGGACAGGACCUUUACACAGCAGCAUGCAACUCUGUCAUUCAUCGAUGUGCAUUGUUAAUUCUAGGUGUCACCCCAGUCAUUCAAGAGUUGUAUCAAAAAGAUGAAGGCCAGAUAGGACAUUCCGCGACUAAUGAAGGGCUUGGUUUUAUGACCAGGAGUGAAAGUUUGACAGCAGAAAGCCAUCCUGUGCUAUCAAAUUCAACCUACAAACUAACUAAGUCGAGAAGUGAAUCCGACUUGUCUCAGCCUGAAUCUGAUGAGGAAAGUUGUGCAUUUAGCUCCAGAAGAUAUGUAGAUGCGGACUUAGAUUUGGCAUCAGUUCAGAGAAAGCGAGGUUUGCAAUGUGCUUAUACAACAGUGCUUCCCAAAAAAAUGUCAGCUAGGAAUCUUCAAGACUGGCACAGAUGGCCAAUUAUUCCCAUUUUCUCCCUACUAUCAUGUUAUUGCAAUAAAAGAAGACCUCUUUAUGGCCCAACAGAUUCACUGAGAGCCACUUGGGCGCGGCUGAAAUCUAGUAGAGAUUGGCCGUAUGAUUCUUCUCACCUGUACAAUGCUGCUGAUUUUGAUCUGAAUCAGUCUCUUGGAAUACAUGCAUUCAUUGAAAACAUUGUUAGUUUUGUGAGUGGAGGUGUAGGGACUUCCCCAAGUUUUAAAGAAUCUGAAGAAAAUUUGGCCUCCAACCCUCAGGCCAUCAUCAUUGCCAUGGAGCAGCAACAGCUCAGGUCUGAGCUACGUCUGGCAGCACUUCAUCAAAUCUUGGUGUUACUUUCUGGAAUGGAGGAAAAGGGCAGCCAGUUAACAGGAAGUAAUUCUGUGACUUCAUGGUUCCAUUCCACUUCUUUACUCACAUCAGUCAGAUUACAAUUCCUGGCAGGAUGCUUUGGCCUGGGCACAGUGGGGAAUGCAGGAAUCAAAGGUGAAAGUGUCCAACUGCAUCACUAUCAGGACGGUAUUAGGGCUGCCAAGAGAAGCAUUCAGGUGGAUAUCCAGAGUGCAGUUCACAAGAUCUACCAACAACUAUCUGCUACCCUCGAUCGGGCCUUGCAAGCAAAUAAGCACCACAUUGGAGCCCAGCAACGUCUCUUGUUGGUCACAGUAUUCGCCCUUAGUGUGCGUUACCAGCCAGUGGAUGUGUCUUUGGCAAUCUCUAGUGGUUUAUUGAAUGUACUAUCCCAGUUGUGUGGUACUGACACUAUGCUGGGGCAGCCACUGCAAUUGAUACAAAAACCAGGUGUUUCACAGCUGAGCACAGCUUUGAAGGUUGCCAGCACUAGAUUGCUUCAGAUACUUGCCAUCACCACAGGAACCUAUGCAGACAAGCUAAGUCCUAAGGUGGUUCAGUCUCUCUUAGACCUGCUCUGCAGUCAGCUGAAAAACCUACUCUCUCAGGCUGGAGUGCGCCUGACUCCUUUGCAUGGGGACGGAAAAAACAGAUCAGAUGAGAUUGGUGAGACUGAAGAUACCAAAGAUUUGAAAGCUAUUCUACGAAAACAACACACAGCAGAUCUGCAGUUGGGAGAUUUUCUUGUUUUUCUGCGGAGAGUUGUUUCCUCAAAAGCUAUUCAGUCAAAAAUGGCAUCACCUAAAUGGACCGAAGUGCUACUUAACAUUGCUGCACAAAAAUAUUUUUCUGGUGUACCACUGGUUGGAAACCUGAGAACAAGGCUACUUGCUCUUCAUGUUCUGGAAGCAGUAUUACCUGCCUGUGAAUCAAGUGUAGAAGAUGAUCAAAUGACACAGGUUGUGGAACAUCUUUUCUUGCUUAUCUCUGAUUGCAUGUGGGAGGCACCAAUUGCUCAGGCAAAACAUAUGAUUCAAGCAAAGGAGAAAGAGCAAGAAAUUAAAUUUCAGCAAGGUGAAGUCGAGGAAGAGGAUGAAAAUCUCCCUGUCCAGGAAGUAUCAUUUGAUCCUGAGAAAACCCAGUGUUGCGUGGUGGAGAAUGGACAAGUUCUGACUCAUGGUAGUGGUGGAAAGGGCUAUGGUUUAGCAUCAACUGGAAUUGCUUCUGGAUGUUAUCAGUGGAAGUUCUAUAUAGUUAAAGAAAAUAGAGGUAAUGAAGGUACCUGUGUGGGAGUAUCUCGCUGGCCUGUGCACGAUUUCAACCAUCGGACUACCUCAGACAUGUGGCUGUACAGGGCUUACAGUGGUAAUCUGUACCACAAUGGGGAGCAGACACUCACCCUCUUCAGCUUUACUCAAGGAGACUACAUAACAUGUGUGUUGGAUAUGGAGGCCAGGACCAUCUCAUUUGGGAAAAAUGGAGAGGAGCCUAAGCUAGCUUUUGAAGAUGUGGAUGCAACUGAAUUAUAUCCAUGCGUAAUGUUCUACAGCAGCAAUCCUGGUGAAAAGGUUAAAAUCUGUGAAGUGCAGAUGCGGGGCACUCCAAGGGAUCUAUUACCUGGUGAUCCUAUCUGUAGUCCUGUAGCUACUGUCCUGGCAGAGGCCACUAUUCAACUCAUCCGUAUUCUGCAUCGUUCAGACAAAUGGACUCACUGUAUAAACAAAAAUAUGAUGGACCGUUUGCAGAAAGUCAAAUCUUGCAUCAAAGAAAUCAGCCAGAAAUUAAAAAAGAGUCGCUCUGUGCAAAGUAGAGAUGAACAUGAAAUAAAAGAAGAGAGUAAGGAGGAGGAAAAGAGCAAGUAUAGCAAGCAUGGUUUGGCAGAGCUCUCAGAAAUCCAGCUGAGGACCCUGUGCACUGAGGUGUGGCCUGUACUCGCAGUAAUUGGUGGUGUUGAUACAGGUCUUCGAGUUGGAGGGAGGUGCAUUCACAAGCAGACAGGGAGGCAUGCUACUCUUUUAGGCGUACUCAAAGAAGGGAGCACUUCAGCAAAAGUACAAUGGGAUGAUGCUGAAAUAACAAUAAGCUUCCCUACUUCUUGGUCACCCAGUGACACACCGCUAUACAACUUGGAACCCUGUGACCCACUGCCUUUUGAUGUCUCACGAUUCCGUGGGUUGACAGCUUCUCUGCUGCUAGACCUCACCUACUUAACUGGCGUUCAUGAAGAGGGAACUAAACAGAGUGCAAGACGUCAUGAGAAAAAGCACAGGCACGAAUCUGAAGACAAAGCAGAGAUGGAGCAGAAAUUCGAGGCAGAUCUUACUAAAGAAACCAUUGAUCGAGUGAUCACACAGUCAGCUGAGGAGACAAAAGGCAUUAUGCAAGGUGGAGCUUCCAAUUCACGAUCAGAAAAUGACAUUUCAACUUGCACUAUGGAUUCCGUGCAUCUCAGUUUAGAUUCUCAACACCAUCUGCUGGAAGGAAAACGAAAGCCUCAUGAGCAUGUACUGAGAAAUCAUGAUUUAGUUCAAUCAGAAAUUCGAGCAGUUCAGUUAUCGUACUUGUGUCUUGGUGCUAUGAAGACACUUAGUGUUCUACUUAGCUGUAGCAAGUAUGCAGAAUUGUUGCUGAUCCCAAAGGUUUUAACUGAGAAUGGCCACAAUUCAGACUGUGCUGGGUCACCAGUUAUUCAGGACGAUGGAGAAAUGAGAACUGCGCUCCAGUUUCUGAUGCGCCACAUGGUGAAACGGGCUGUCAUGCGUUCACCAAUUAAGAGAGCAUUGGGACUGACUGAUCUUGAGCGUGCACAGGCCAUGAUUUAUAAACUGAUUGUGAAUUCGCUGCUGGACGAUCAAUUUGGUGGCAAAGUUAAACAAGAUGCCCCUCAGCAGCAUGAAGAAAUAGAUGCUGCAAUGCAUGCACAAACACCUGUUACUACAAGUCCUUCUGCCUCCAGCACCACUUCAUUCAUGAGCAGCUCUCUUGAGGACACCACCACUGCUACUACGCCCGUCACUGACACAGAAACUGUGCCUGCCUCAGAGUCACCCAGUGUAAUGCCACUCAGCCUUUUACGUCAAAUGUUCUCCAGUUAUCCAACUACCACACUGCUGCCUAGUCGACGAGCACAGACCCCACCUGUUUCUUCUCUACCAACCUCACCUUCUGAAGAGGUGGGUAGACGACAGAGUCUCACUUCACCUGAAUCCCAGCCCACUCGACCAACAAACCGAACAGGUACUGAAAUGACUUGAGCUUAGUUUUGGUUU